AUGACGGCCGCUACAUUAAAAAUACGUCCCCUUAACGAUGCCUUGAAAAAAGUGGCCAAAGAAGAGUUGAAUGAAGUGGAAAGUCGCAUAGCUGAAGAUAUUGAAGCUCUGAGGACAUGGUUGGAGAAGCAACCCCACAUUAAGGCCCGCACAGAUGAUCAAUUUUUGGUCUCGUUUUUAAGAGGAUGUAAAUAUAGUUUGGAAAAGACCAAAUCGAAAGUGGAUUAUUUCUAUACGAUUAAGACCAUGAUGCCGGAAUUGUUUGCCCGCAAUACCAUGGAUGAGAAAUCGAUUAAUUUGUGUAGAUCAGGAACCUAUGUCCGUUUACCCAAACCCUUGGGUGAGGGUGGUCCACGCAUCCAACUCACAAACUAUUCGAAAUUUGAUCCCAAACUAUUUACAAUUUUGGAUUUGUUCCGUUUCCAAAAUUUACUUAUGGACUGGCAGAUCUACAAUGAUGAUAACUGUAUUGUCAGUGGCUAUAUUGAAAUUAUUGACUUGACCAAAUUGAGCCUCUCCUUUUUGACUCAAUUCGAUCCUAUGUUAAUUAAGAAAUUGGGAGUUUUUACCGAAAAGGCAGCUCCGAUGCGUUUCAAGGGUGUCCAUUUGGUUAAUUGUCCAAAGGAAGCCCAAACCGUUUUGAAUUUGGCCCGCAGCAUGAUGAGUGAAAAGUUACAGAAACGUUUCUAUGUCCACAAAUCCCUCGAGGAUCUUUACAAAAUUAUACCCAAAGAAUAUCUGCCCGUUGAAUAUGGCGGCACAAAUGGUACAAUUCCCGAAUUAAUUGAAGAAACCGAAAAGAAUCUGUUGGCCCUGAAUGAUUAUUUUGCCGAAGAGGAUAAAUAUGGUGUUGAUGAGCGAUUGCGAACGGGUAAAAAGGUGGAUAUGGAUUCACUGUUUGGUAUUGAGGGUUCAUUCCGCAAGUUGGAUAUUGAUUAA